GGCUGGCUGGCCUCCAUGGGCGUCGAGGCCAGCAGGUUGGCUGAGUACGACACAACGCCCCUGUCAUCUGAGGGUGCCCGGAUCUUCCGCGCCGACGCCAACAGAACCUUCAGGAGUGAGCCGAACCGCGUGCUCAUGAUCAAGUUGUUGUUCUUUGCGCAAACAAAGUUUGGUGCCGUGCAGUCGAUGGGCUACGUCGCGGGCCUGUUGCUGCUCUUCUUCGACCCCCCCACGGUGUUCAAGGUGCUGACUGUGUUGAACGACAGUCCCAAGUAUCUGGAAGGGUAUUGGCGCGGUGAGGCAACGGCCUGCGCCGUCGAUGGCUACGUGUGCUUGAAGCUCUUGAAGCCGACUAUUAGGGACAGGCGCGCACGGACGUGCGGGCUUUUGUGCAGAAGUGGUUCGCUGGAAUCUGCAUCCACCACCUGCCGUACCGGCUGCUCUUCCCAUUUUUGGAUCGUUUCUUCGCCCAGGGCAACUGCUAUUUAUUCCAGUUCUUCCUCUCGUUCUUCGCUGAAUUUGAGGACGACAUCAUGAAUGCGGCGUCAAACCCGGAGGCGAACGCUCUCAUUCGCUUCGAGUCUGCCCCUGAGGAGCGGCUCCAACGAGCUGUGGAGGCAGCCUGCGAGCCGAGGUUUGCAAGCGUGGUGGCAGGCGUGAACGUGCACUCUGCACGCUGUGAGGCCUUCACGGACAACCUUUCGCGCCGGCUGCAGAGUGCGAACGAGGGCAUGUGGGCGAAGCGCGACGACGAGAUCACGUUCUCAGACGAGGAGGACUGAGUGGCUGAUCGGCGUUGCGCGCUACGAGCGGCGCGCGAGCUCUUCCCCUCCCAGCGCCUCCGUGGCAGCGCAGGGUAGUCGGCGGACCUGUUUUGGACUCUUUGUUGUCUCUCUGUUUUGUCAACUGCCUCCCUAGACAGGCCCCCGCUCUUGCAGGGCACGGGCUAGGCUUUAGGGCGCGCGGCGUGGGCUGCACAUCAUUUGCUGGAGCUUCCCCGCGCGACGGCGGUCGAGGGAUCG